AUGAAGGAAAUGCAGCUGGCAACCUCCAGAGGGGGAGUAUUGGAGAUGGCCUCUGGGGUUGGAUUUAGUGAGGGUCUGGGGCCUGUGCUUUACUGCCAUGUGGCUCCUGAGAAAGUCCAGUCCACGCCUGGAGCUGGCAGUGGGGGUUACUGGUUUUCCUUAUUUUACAGAUGGGGUCGAGGAUUUGGUCUUUUGGGUUCCAUUUUUGGAAAGGAUGGUGUAUUAAACCAGCCAAACAGUGUCUUUGGACUUAUAUUUUAUAUACUACAGUUAUUACUUGGCAUGACGGCCAGUGCAGUCGCAGCUUUAAUCCUCAUGACGUCCUCCAUCGUGUCUGUCGUCGGGUCUUUGUACCUGGCCUACAUUCUGUACUUUGUGCUGAAGGAGUUUUGCAUCAUCUUCGUCAUCACAUAUGUGCUGAACUUCAUUCUUCUUAUCGUCAACUACAAACGACUAGUUUACUUGAAUGAGGCCUGGAAACGGCAACUGCAGCCCAAGCAGGACUGACAAGCUGACGAACUCUUAACUGACAGUCUCAAGUCCCUUUUUCCAUUAAGUUUAUUUUGCAGCAGUUUUUUUUUAUUCUUCACAACAGACACUUUCCCUAAGAAUCUUAAACUGAUUUUUAAAAAUCCUGUAAAUUAGAAGGGGCCCUAGCUAUUUCUUGUGUCAAUCUUCAUUUUAAAUAUGGAUACAAAAAAAAGGAUAUGCCGAGCCAAUUAAAGACAAGCUUUAACUGUACUUUGAAGAUGUUUCUGAAAUAAUAAAAUGAAGCCCUAGCCCCCUUCCCUCAACUGUAAAGUGAGCAACCAUUGCUAGUAAUUCUCUAAUGUGUAUAAAUUCAAUUUCAGGUAUAACAUAUGUGAUCAUGACAUGAAAAUAUUUUAGAAUAGAUACUGUAUUGAAUAUUGCCAUGUUUACAAUAUGUAAUAUGUUUUUAGCUGAUGGAUUUAAACAUGUAGAUUCAACUAGAAUCCAUUUAUGUGAUAUUUGUAAAUAAAGGUAGAAAUAUUGGAUCCAUCCCUGCAGAACUUACUGUACAGAUUAGUUGAAGUGUAGCAAUGAAGAAUUGUCAGCUCAACAUUGACUGAAGAAAUAGUGACUAUAGUAAGUCCACACAGAGCAUCUUGUGAAAAGUGCUGACAGCUGUAGGUCCAGCAUUGACAGCAAAAGUAACAGGGUGGUAGUUCCCUUUCAUCUCCUUCCUCUGAAAGGAAGAAACUAAGUUUGGACAUUCAAGUCAAACUUGUGUCUAGUCAUAAAACUGGAUCAAUUGUAACCUUACAGAAUGAGUCAUGUGACCAGACCUUCAAGUCCAAGGCCUUCAGGACACUAAAGAUGGGGAAAAGGGUAGAUUUCUUUGGAGAAAAGCUGGAAAUAUUAAUAUGGUAUUUUUAGGUAAUGUCUCUUACAGCAGUUGAAUUUUCACGCAGAUAUUUUUCCUUAACAUUGGUGCCAGUCAACCAAACAGUAUUAUGACUUUGAAAUAACCAGUGUACACUCAGUCACUUCAGAGUAGGAUUGCUCUUGGGUAGCUCUGUAGUGUUUUCCCUGUUUCUUUCUCCACUAACUAAUUGGAUGUCUAGUUUAAUUGUUUUAGAGUCAAAUAUUGGAUUUGUAAACUUGAGGGCUGACACACUGCUCAGUUUGCUUAAUCAAGAGGAGUACUACAGGUAGAAAUAUCUGAAAGUGAAAUACAGUAAUGGUGUCACUCCUCUAAUAGCUGCACAAAUGCAGAAUUUUUAAAAGUGAUUUGAAUAAACCAAAAUGAAAUUCUGACAAUAUGUUUCUCUGGUCAGCCUCUUAUAUCAGAAUGUUAAAAGUGCCUUCUGUCUUAAAUCUCAAACCAAAUAUUUUGUGUGUUGAACUUGGGCAGAAGUGUCCUUCCUUCUUUUCUUACCAUGAAGUAGAAAACUUGCAUUCUAUUAGAAAGGUUCUGUAUGAUCAUUUUAUUCCUUAGAUUGAGAAAUAGCAGCAAUGUUUUUGCUUCCAAUUGGAUUAAUCAUUACAUUAAAAAUAGUCAGACUGGUAACUUUUGAGUGCUUUAUUUGCCUUCUUUUUGAAGGGAGGGGCCAGGCUCUGCUCUGUAAACCAUAAUGUGUACAGUCAGCAACUGUUCAGCAGUUUCCAACUAACUGUCAUAAUUGAUGCAAUGUAUUCUUCUGGCCCAAGGCAGGUAUAAAAUUUGAAUUGUAAUGAACUCUUAACCAGUUUUAACCAGUUUUGUAAAAGAUAGCUUAAUUCAAUUUCAACAAAGCUUAUGUUUUCCCAAGAAUGUGAAUAUUUCAAUGCCUGUUUUAUUACAUGUAUUGUUCUCGUUUCUAAAGUUACAAGAACUCAAGAAAGCUUUGAUUGGACGUCUGGUGUUCAUGGAGAUAGGGGUCCUAGCGUUGAAGCACUGUGCAGUGAGAGCAUCUUGUCGCAGUGCUUCCACUUCUACCGAGUAGUUUACUGGUUCUUUUGUCUAAGCCAGAGUGAAAAUGGCUUAACAGUUAAGACCUCUUUGGUAUAUAUAACACUGGUUAUGCUAAACAAGUUCCUUGUGUCCCAAUUUAAAAUGGUCUUUCAUCAUAUUUUGUAUCAAUCAGCAGAGUAUAGUUAAAGCUUGUCUUGAUGUUGCUUUCUUGCAAAUGUCUUCAACUCGUACAUGAGAAAAUGUAAAAAUGUUCAGCCAGACCCUUCAAGUUUUUCCUUUGCUUUCCUAAGCCUUGGGGAAAACACCACUGUUUCCAGUUGUACAAAAAUUUUUGCCACAUUCCUAUGACCCCAGUAGAAUUAAUAUCCUUUUUCUCACUGAGUGAUGAGCAUGUGCUGCCUGAAAUAACAGCAUUGUCAUACCGUAUCUCGGUAAGCAACAGAACCCCGGUGGGUGUUAUUUGGUAUUUUUGCCCUGGGAGAAUUUAGGCUCCCAUCUACAUCCUCUAUUCUACCCCGGGGUGGGGGGUGGGGAACACCGUGUUAUAAAAUUUGAGGAUUGUUAUGACUAUUUUAGACUGAAUAUUUAAACAUUGUGACAUUAUUAGCCACCAAUGUUGAAGAACAGAUUAGGGAAAAAAUUGAAUUUCUGUUUUUGGCGGUAAUUCCAUGCUGCUUGGUUUUUGAAAUGAUUUGUGACAAAGCCUCUUAUUUACUUGAUAGUCAUAUCAUUUGAAGAAAUGAGAAGUUGUGGUUUGAUGAUAAAUUCUGGGGAAUCUAGAUGGGUUGGAGGACUUCAUUUGGUUUUUCCUUGCAGCUAGUUGCUGUCAGUUAGGGUAAACCUCUGGUGAAAUAACUCAGGUUUAACUAGCUGUGUGCCAGGAACUACUUUUACUUGGUAUAUGUAGCCUCUCCUUAAAUCCAUUCAAGAUGUUGAAAGCAUUGACUAUUUUCAUACAAAGAGACAAAGAUCUGUGAUUUGGUACAAGAGAUCUUUGGACCUACUAGGUAGGAUAUAGGAUCAAGAUUACAGUGAAAUUAAAACUGUUUGUUGGCUUUAGUUUGCUUGUAUUUCGUUUAUAUUUAUUUUUAAGACUAUCAGCAAAAGUGCAAAGUUAUCUUCAGCAGUUACUUCAUAACUUAGAUUGGUACCACUGUUUGACACCAGUGAAUAAUGAUCUUGUCUUGAAAAUCAGUAUUAGAUAAAUGCCAACAAGAAACCCACUAUCACUUUUGGCAACCUAUAUGGAAAGGAAUAUCUAAUAUGCAACCUUUGUCCUCAUGUGUUUUCCCCCAACACGCAAGCAUUGGUGAAACAUUUCUAUUCAGAGAUUUUAGGCAGCACUUAUGAUUCCUAAUUUGUGAGAACUACCCUUCAAUAAAACAAAAGGGGGAGAGGGUGGGAGUCCAGGCUAGUUGGUUAAACAUUUUUUCGACAAAUUAGCCCAGAAAAAGUGAAAUGUUUUGUUAUGAAACUGUAUUAAGCAUGGCCUAAGUAUUAGGUGUAUGAUCUGUAUAGUAUGUUCCAUCAAAAAUAUUUAUUACUAGUGCUUUAAGCUCCAAAGUAAACAUUCAUUUAAUAUGGAGUUCACUGGGCAGAUUUCCCCUUUAAUAUAGAUAGAAAUAUUCUUUAUGAGAGAUUUAGGACACAGUUUUGCUAACUGGUAAAAACAAAUGUAAAUAUGUAAGAAUGUUUAUUUGUUGCACAUAACUUUUUUGGUAUAAAAUAAAUGUAGAAGUUACCUGUGGAA